GCACUGGCAGAGGUCAAAGGUCGGGAACAGUAGGCUAUUGGAAAGUCAAGUUGAGAAAAACAGCAGAAGGUAAUAAUGAAUAUAAAGUGCAUUAACUAGCGGUGUGGUACUUCAUAAAAUGAGCCGUUCAUUGUUGAGGAAAUCUGCGCCGCUUGCUGCCUAAUGCCAGCUGAAGCGUGAUGCAUCCAGAGCAGCCCAGAACGGGCUUCGCCCUGCAGAGACGGCAGGCAGAUUCUGCCCCUCGGGCUGCGCUGAGCACCGGUCUACUGCAGGGCCUCAUCCAGAGCGCCAGGCCUCCUUCCUUCUGCUUCCUGCUCCCCAGGGUCCACGCAGCUGAUGUGGCUGCUGCCCAGCCAGCACAGAUGCCUUCCUCCUCCUCCUCCUUCUUCUCCUCUACCAGUCCUGCUCCUGCACCCAUCCCCUCUCCCAGCAACUUGGGCAAACCAGAAUUCCCAGACACAGGAUGGGACCGUAUCAAGGACCUCUUUGACAGAGAUGUAACACAGAGGUACCCAGAGGAGCUGACUAAUGUGAUAAAGAGUGGCGUAGCUGCGGCACUGGCAGGCUUGAUCUACGGCGGCCUGCCAGCAGCUCGCCAUGCCAGGCAGAAGUAUAUCCAAGUCAGCCAGGCGGAAAUGUAUACGAGCCGAGUGGAAGCAGUGCGCUCAGCCCACAACGCAGCAAUCCGGGGUUUCGUGAGAUACGGAUGGAGAUGGAGCUGGAGAGUGGCUGCCUUUGUCACCUUGUUCAAUUCUGUCAGCACAGGGCUGUCUGUGUACCGAGACAAGUAUACCCUCAGCCACUAUGCUGCUGCUGGAGCUGUGACUGGAGGCCUUUUCAGGCUGAACCUGGGACUUGGAGGGCUGGUGGCAGGGACGGUCAUCGGAGCAGUGCUGGGGAUUCCCACUGGUGCUUUGAUCAUCAGCAUGCAGUCAGUGGCUGGAGAAACUACCAGAGAGAGGAGGAGGAGAGAGCGCAGGGAACUUUAUGAGCUCAGACUGGCAGAAUGGGCGGCCCGUCUGCAGUUGACAGAUGAAUUAAUUGGAGAUCUGAAUGUCAGCUCUCAGGCAGAGGAAACCAAUAAGGACAUGCAAAGGAUCCAGGAGCUGCUCAGUUUACCACAGAAUAAGGAUGUGACUCAGGAAUCAAGCAGCCAAUGACAGAAACUGGCUGUUACCGGUUGGUAAUUGAAGCAACUAGGUCAAAGAUAGCCUUGGCCCCUGGUGUAAACAAGAUGUGACACAGCAACAGCUGGGGCCCAGGAUGCAGCAGUAACUGCUGACAUGCAGAUGACAGCCAAUUGAAACAGAGUGAGGAACCCUAGCUGUCCACAGCUUGGUCAGUUAUGAUAAACGCAGGUAAACGUGAUUCAUUAGGAAAAAAAUAUAUCGUUUGUUUUCCGCUGAAGUGUGUUUUAAACAUCAAGCACUGAAUUAUUGCAGGUAGACGUGGCAGGUAAGGAGUAGAGUAUUUUGUCAGUUGUCUCUAGCUGUGUCCCAGCAAUCAAACUGUAAUAAUGAAGAGAACAGUGGGAUGAUAAUUUUCACAUGGAAAUGUCCACAUUUCAGACCUUUUCAUUUAUGUUUUAUUUGAAUGGCAAGAUAUGUUAAACCUUUGCUGAAACACAAACAGUUUGGUUUAAUUGACUCUGGUCCCAUCCCAUCAUGACCAAGGUGCAGCACAUCUACAGUCCCACUGCAUAGUUUAAGGGCAUAUACUUAUUUGGGUGGAACAACAUUAAAGCUAUUUAAGCAGUUUAAUUCAUCCUGACCACUUUUAUCAUGUAAAAUUGUUUAUUUUUAUAUUAUGUGUCACCAUUUAAGAUGUAUAAUUUUUGUUUUGGAAAUACAGUCACAGGAAAAAGGAAAAAAUAUGUGGUGUGUUCAAUUUAAACAGUUAUUUAUUUGCAAGUUAGUUUAAGCAUACUGUGUUUGUCUAUUGUUGUGACUUGAUGAAUAUCAGAUCACAUUUUACGACCACUUAAUGCAGAAAUCCAGGUAAUUCCACAUUGUUCACCUACUUUAUCCUGCCACUGUGUAAAUAUUUUUCUGAGAAGUACAAAAGGGACAACAUGCAUUUCAUGUUGUAAAAUGACAAGUGAACCUUGUUAAUGUAAUAUCUGGCAAAAAGUUUGAGAUUAUGUAGCCUGAUCACUGUAGUUAUCCUCUCAAGCAAGGAAGGAACCGAUGACUGCUUUCAGAGCAAUAACAUUUUAUAAACAUGCUCUCAGUUCCCUCUAUUGGUAACUUUGUAUAACUGCAAAUGUACUCUAAAUAAAACAUAAAAUAAAUACAGUAUACACAUGAUA